AUGGUCACACGAAAACUACAGCUACUGAUGAGUGUGUGGGCCGAUUUGGGCUUCGAGUAUGAGCCCACACGGAGCCGCUUUGAGCGCACCAAGAGCCACAUCGAAACGCUGCUCAACCAGAUGAUUGAUAGUGAGGUGGAAAUGAAAGAAACGCUUUUAAAGAAAAUUGCGCAGUUGAAGGAUCACCUGCACCAGCUUUGCAGAGAGCUUUCGAUACCGCUCCCUGAGUUCACGGCGUCCCUCUCAAUACUCGAACAAGAAAACAGCGUCAGGAAAGACCUGGAGCACCUGAAAGAGAAGAAAAGAGAUCGAGAGCGUGCACAGAAGAAACUCAAGAAAAAAGAGGCUGAGUUGUGUGCGAAGCUGGGCGCACAUUGCUUGAGCACGUGCAGUGUCUCCGUUCCGUCAGAAAAGAACCUUCAGGAGAUGAAGCUUUGGAUUCAAGGUCUUGAGCGGGAGAAGCUCCAACAGCUUGAGGUGACCCGUCGUCGGGAGCUGGCCGGCCUGCAGGAGCAGCUUGCCUUAUUUUUUGACCGACUGGACAUUCCACCCGAGGAGCAACAUCGAAUCCGCAGCUCCAGUACCGACCUAACGCCGUCGACUCUGGCUGCACUACGGGCCACUCUUGCCGAGUAUGAGCGGCGAAAGCAAGCGUGCCUGCGGGAGUUUAUCACGCGUGCCAAGGAUGAUCUGCUCACGUGGUACAAGAAGUGCUGUGUACCCCAAUGCCGACUGUACCUGGACGUUGACGACUCUGAAGACAUCUCAGAGGAGCGACUGGCACUGCUGGAGGAUCAGCUGAAGGCACUCAAGGAGUUCUACUCUGAGAACAAACUCAUCAUCGCCAAAGCAGAGCGCCACGAAGCCCUGUGGUCCAGGUAUCUGGAGCUGGAAAAGCGACCCAUCGCGCCUGAAGAACCGCGGAGGGCACCUCCUGCAGGAGUUGAAGGAGAGGCAGAGGCUUCAUG